GAAAGUGAUAUCAGUGAAAAGUUCAGCAGGAGAAAAUCCUGCAUUAGGCCAAGAUAAUUCAAUUUACCUCACAAUUGCACCCUUUUUGAAGCUCUCCCGAAUUUGUGGAUUGACUCCGCUUGUGCUUGAGAAAUCCUCAACAUCUACAAUGUUAUCUAAAUCAUUAAUUUCCACGCUGUAUUCUCUAAUCUUGACCAUUGUCCUCCCAUUGCUGUUCUAUUUGUCCCUUUUGGAGCUGAAUAAAUUUCACGAAGGGAUAAAAAUGAUGAAUUCCAUUUCACAUUUAGCAUCCUGGGGACAAAUUUAUACAAUUUUCGGGGUCUUUAUGGUAGCACUUAUCACCGGGAUAUAUUUUCGCGGUCUUGGUGUGAGGAUAUUUGAUAAGGUUGCACAAAUUGAUCGGCAGCUGUACAAUUUGGGAAUACCAAUUUCCUAUCGUGGAUGCCAAAGGGAACUUUCUCUGCAACUAAUGAUUUUAAUAAUCAUCCCUGCUGGGGCUUCAAUGUGUCUCUGUGCUAUGAUAAGUGGACUUCACGAGAAGGGAUUUGAAUUGAAUCUUCGGCUUUGCUAUUGGUUUAUCUGCUUCACUCCAAUCCUUUUGAUCACCCUCAAAGAAUUCCAGUACUACAAUCUUGUUCGAUUGAUUAAAAAUAAAGUUCUUGCCCUCAACAGAUCUUUGAAGAAACUCGUAAAGUGGGAAAAUAUCGAAGGACAACAUCAUAAAGAAAUGAAGUUAAAAAUAAUAAAAACUCACCUAGAAUCCUUUCGAUUAAUACAUAGCGACAUUGUUGAUCUCACCAAGGAUGUUCAGGCAUUUUUUGGACCUUUCAUUCUCGUCUCUGUUAUAUCGGCCUUUGGAGUAAUCACAAUUCAACUUUACUACAUUUUUGCCACACUUAUUCAAACACUUCACUUUAAUAUCCCCAUGACGGUCAUCACGUUAAUCUGGACGGCAACACAGGCUCUCCUGAUCCUGGCUAAUGUUCACAUAUGUAGCUCUACGAGAAAUGUUUGCAAUGAAAUUGGUGGAACACUUAUAACUAUCCGUGAAGCCGUUGAACAUCCCGAGAUCUUUCACAUUGUCCAACUAUUCUCCUUCCAACUGUGGCAUAAAAAAAUUCAAUUUAGUGCUUGUGGUUUCUUUCGACUUGAUUCAAAGCUCAUCACAUCGAUUGUAGCUGCUGUAACAACAUACUUGGUGCUGAUGAUCCAGUUUCAUCUUUCAAACAACGAAAAUACCUUGAGCAAGUGCAACGAAGGUGAUGCUUCUAAUGGAACUAUGUAG